AUGGAGGACCUCGAGAAUCUACUGCGGGCAUCGUCCUUUGUAUUCACUGAUUCCCCCUCCAGCUCGUACUCGGACGCGUUGAAGGAAUCAUUAAAGUCAAGCCAGCGCAAACAUCUCCGAGCGAUCGGUCUCUGCGCGCUCGACUACUUCCUCCAGCAGAACUUCACCGGACCUCGAGUAGAGGAGUCGAAGCUGGCGGCGAUUGAGGAGGUGCUGGGGUACGAUUCGGACAAACACGAGGCCUGCAUCAACGAGCUCACGGUCGACUCGGAGGUUGCGUAUCGGCACACCGAGCAGCCGUAUCUUUUGAUUCUCGCCCUGCAAUGCUUUCGACUCUUGACUACAGACCAUGAGAAGAUAGAAGGUGACGAAGGGGAGGACACUGAUAGAGACCAGAGGUUCGACAAGCGAUGGCUGGCGCGCGCGUUGAUGGUCCACCAGUCUCUUCUCACCGCUCCCGCCGGCUCACUCCACGACGAAAUCUACUCAAACCUGACCUCGAGCGCGCCUGUGGCUGGCUCUUCACCUACUUCCAACAACACCGACGACGCUACCGAGAAACUCCAGCUUGAAGCCGCCGAAUACUCAAUGGAGCUCGCGCGCGCAGACAUAUUCUACUCCUACGACUCUCGCGCGACAAAGGCGCUCGAGAACGCCAAAAAGAUGUCGGGUUUGCAGGUCAAGGUUACGGGUGUGAAGGCUUUGAGGACAAAGUUCCAGACCAGACAGAUCACGGGGUUAGUUGUUCUUGCGCGAAGCAGAAAGACAGCUGCUGGUGCGCAGCAGGGGGAGGCUGCGGCGAUGCCGGUUUCGCUGCCUUUGAACUCUGAUUUGCUGCUUGAGACGCCUCGGUUUAUGAGCUCAGAAGAAGAGUCCUCUGAUGGAGUCAACGCGGCGACUGCAGAGGAGCUUGGCGACGAGUUAGCGGGAGAAGAUCCCAAUGCUCCCUCGCCACUUGCCGACAUUGACAGCUGCAUUCUACUUCUCACCGAGCACAAAAUGCGCGUGUCGUCGCCCUCGCAAGAUCCGGUCGUGACUGAACAACUCCAGGCCUACAUUUCCCGCGUGAUCUCGGCCUCGGGCCCAGCCGGAUCGGUCAACUGGACGCUCUACUCGCGCGCGCUGUGGGAGCGAAGUGUUCUCGAGUCGCACUCUGCAAAGACAGUCGAGCGCGGCACGCUGCAGCUUGCGAGCUUGGUAGACGAACUUGGUGUUGCGUCGACCGCGACGUCGUUUGCGCGCGGACCGAGUGCCUCGGGUCAGACAGAAACCAGCGCGUCGUCGGCACCAGCGCAUGAGCGACUGCGGUUCAUUCACUUCCUGCCUUUGAUGCCUCGUUGGUCUAUGGACCUGCAGUUGGCGGAGAAGUACCUCUCGCUUGGAAUGGUGCGGUCCGCGCAAGAGAUUUACGCGCGCCUGAAGCUACCGAUCGAGAGUGCGCUGUGCACGGCCGCAGGAAACGAGUCAAAGGCAGAGGCGAUCAAGAUUCUGGAAGACUACAUUGCCAGUGGCGACCAUUCCGAUACAGCUCGUGCGUGGUCGUGUCUCGGAGACGUAACUGCCAAGCCCGAGUACUGGCUGAAAGCGUGGGAGGUCGGCAAGUACGCGGCCGCUAAGCGGUCUCUGGGCGAGUACUGUUUCAAGAACGGCCAGGCUAGCGAGAGUAUUGUACAUUUACGGGACGCAUUGAGCAAAAACCCGCUUAACAGAGACGCGUGGUUUUUGUACGGCUGCGCGGGGCUCGAGACUGAGGAGUUUGAGAUUGCGGCGGAGGGGUUUACGCGGUGUGUGUCUAUGGAUAAAGAUGAUGCAAAGGCGUGGGGAAAUCUGGCGACCGCGUUCUUGCAAAUGGGCGAGCAGCAGCGAAAGAGCGGGAACGACGACGAGAGCAAGGAUAACGCGCGCGAGAAGGAGGCGAUGACUGCGCUGCAGGAGGCGUGCAGACUGAACCCGGACGACUGGCGGUUGUGGAGUAAUCUGGUCAUUGUCUCUGCGCGGCUCGAGAACUGGCAGGCGUGCCUGCGGGGCGUGGUCAAGGUCGCAGAGUUGCGGGCGAAGAAGGAAGGCGAGAACGCGCUCGAUGUCCCGGUGCUACGGGUGCUCGCACAGGUUCUGGUGUCUGACGCCUUUGGCGACCGAAACCACGAGAUGGGCCACGAAGACAGACGGUUGACGGCGUUUGAGCUGCAGGCGAUUAAGCUGUUUACAGAGACGGUGCCGAAGCUGGCUACGAGCACGCCUGAUCUGUGGGGAUUAGUGGCCAAGGUUGAGAUCUGGCGGAAGAAGCCGUGGGCCGCGCUGGACGCGUACGAGAAGAUGCUGCGGCUUGCGCUCACGGUGUUUGAGGCGGAUGAAACGGACGAGAGCAAGUGGCGGCAGGCGGUGGACGCGUGCGAGACGGUUGUUGACGGAUACACGAACCUGGGCGAGCUGCCGGGGCGGAUGGGCGAGGGUCAGGUUGUGUGCAAGGACUGGAGGUACCGGGCGCGGAGCAGCGUGCGGUCGGUGAUGGGCAAGGGCCGGCGGAUGUGGGCGGACGGAGCCGAUUGGGAGCGUCUUGAGCGGAUGCGUGACGAGCUAAAAUAGGUGCUGUGUGAAUAGAAAGGACGAAGAAGCAAGAAUAGAAGUAGGAAAUGUUUACAGUCUGCCGAAAGCAGCAGGAGAAGUGGCUGGUGCCGAGGCUGUGUGUGUGGCUGGGCUGAGCCCCUUUUCUCGCAGGGUUCGGGUUUCCCUGGCGCGCGUCUGAGCAGCGGCCGCCCGACUGCAAACAGCAAAACAUCGUCGCGUCUCUGCGC